AUGGCUAACAACGAUGCUUUAGCUGCUGCUAUUAGGCUGCUAACUGAGAACUUGAACCAAAACCGCAAUGAUAAUCCUGAUCCUGCGGGUGAGAUGUUUAAGAAACUUUCUCAAGUCAAGCCACCAUACUUUGAGGGAGGUAGAGACCCAACUUUUCUAGAGAAUUGGAUUAGGGAGUUUGAUAAGAUUUUUGCUGCUUUGAAUUGCCCUGAGAAUAUGAGAGUAGAUCAAGCUGCCAUGUAUUUGAAGGAAGAGGCAGAUAUUUGGUGGAGGGAUAGUGGAGAUGUGCUUCGUGCUGAGGCUAAUUUUGGUUGGGAGGUUUUCAAAACCAAACUUAGGGAAAAAUUCUAUCCACCAUUCUUAAGGAAACAAAAGGCUCAAGAGUUCAUCAAUCUGCAAAUGAACAAUAUGUCGAUUACUGAGUACUAUAACAAGUUUAUGAACUUGUCGAGGUUUGCUCCUGAGUUGCAGAAGGACUUGGCUGGAAAGAUAUUUAAGACCCUUGAUAAGGUUUAUGGGAGAGCAGCGCACUUGUACGGUCUGAAUGUCAGGAGUGCACCUGAGAGUGGAAGUGUUGGAGAAAAGCGUAAGGAUUUUGGGAAUUCGAGUCACCAAGGUAACUCCAAGAAGCCAAGGAACGAGAAUUUCCAAAAUAGGAAUGUUCAGAACAAUGGAGGGUCAUCUAGAACUAAUGGCAAAGUUGAGAGGCAUUACAACUGCAAGAGAUGUGUCAAGGAUUAUCCUGGAAAGGAUUGUGAUGGGAACUUGGUUGUGUGUAGAUUCUGUAACAAAAAGGGCCAUAGGGAGUUUGAGUGUUUCUCCAAAUUAAAGCAAUAA